AACUCACACAAGCCAAAGCGAGGAAGGAGCGCAGCAAAGGCGAGCGACACCAGAAAGGCAGAUGAAAAAGUCGGAUACCGCAAAGGAGUCCAAGAUAACCCUACUUAAAGAAUACUGAACAAUGCCACUUCACAAAUCAUCUCGAGCCUCCCGGCUGGACCCGACCAUGAUCUCGGCUCCUCUCGGGGACUUUCGCCACACGAUGCACAUCGGGAGGGGCGGGGACACUUUUGGCGACACCUCUUUUCUGUCCACCAUCGGCCCGAGUCCAAGUGUAUCAGAAACGGUAAACUCAGAAAUGUCUCCUCCACCUCCAACAAAUGAACCCGUAGUGAAUGUUGACCACGUGGAUAUCAACGAGAGCUUGCUUUCAGAGUCCGUAUCUUCAUUCACGUUAGACCUAGACUUGGAUCUCGGUCCGUCUAUGCUGGGAGAUGUUUUAGGGGUGAUGGACGGUUUGGGAUUGGAAGCGUUUAGUCCAACAAGUAGCGUCUCGCCAGUGGAAAUAAACCAGCCGAAUGGUGCCAUGGAGAGGCCUAUGGAUUUGAGAAAUGAGCUAAACGGAAAAUCGCUGGAUGAGAAUGGAGUGGUGGGAGACAGCAGAAUACCAGAUGGGAAUAGUUUCAGGGCAAAAGCUUUACGACCCAAAGUUAGAUUUAGUGACAAACGUGAGGAGAUCAUUCGACAGGCGUCCGAAGAAGAGGAGGGACAGGGGUUUAAUUUUCAAGAUGAAGAUGAGAUGGAGUGCAUUAGCUCCACGAAGGUAAACAGCGAGAGGGAGAGGGGCGUUGUCAUGGGAAGAACAGAUGUAGAACUGCCCCCCAGUCCGGCUUCGUCUCACAGCUCGUAUGAGUAUGAGGGCGUCACUGCACUGGACAGGAGGAAGGUGGACAUUUGCCAUUCAGAAACUGACUCAGAGGAGGAAGAGGAGGAGGAUGUCGGAAAGGGCUACACUUUUGAAGAUGAGUUUGAUGAUGAAAUAGGCCUAUAGGAGAGGAUAGAGGAGUUUUCACAAUGUUUUGCUGUUAUUUAGGAGAGUGCACUGUCAAAAAAUAUCUGGAAGAGUUAAAAUGACUUGAAUUCAGAAUAUCUUGAAUUAAACUGACACUGUGUACGUAUUUAUUUCGACAGUCUGAAACCUUCUUGUCUCCAUGAAGAUAUUUUUCCUGGAAUGUUCCACCAAAUGGAAUGAAACUUGGCAAUCGUCACGGAGACAAGCAGGUGACUUGACACAACCACCUUCAAUGGAAUAAAAAAACAUAGAUAAGCUUAAUACCAUACUAUGGAACAUUCCAGGC